CGUUAUCAAAAUUUCCAAUGAAAUUACACUUUUCUUCCACAAUCAUUCAGAUUAUUUUGGGCAACACUUAUGCCUAGUAACAACGUAGAAUGGGACUGGCCAACUAUAACGGGUGCGCUGCUGGCCUUCUCGCUGCCCCUGACCCUGCUAGUGCCCGAUUUCUCGUUGUGGACGGUAGUUCCUAAAGUGCGAGUGACCCGUUUCCACAUCCUCGCCCAGCACUUCACGUGGUUCCAGUUGAAUACAGCCGUUUUUACUAUAGUAUUACUUCUGUUUUUUGUUCAGCUCGAAAUUAGAAAGCGAAAGUUGGAUGAAAUGGUAGAGAGGGUGAUGCUAGUAAGCCAAGCAGCGGACAAGACAGUGGAAGAGGAAAGCUUCAAGCAGGCGGGAGCCAUGCGCGCGUGCGUCCAGCUGCUAGACACGUCUGCCGAGCAGUACGAGCAACUGGUUCUGCUGCGACAGGAGCUGGGCCAGCGGGGACGCAAGCAGGGCCCGCCUGGCAUUGACAGCUCGCAGGAUAUCAACGACUAGAUAACACGGGUCUUAAAAAUGCGCAAUCGAUAGAAAAAUAAAAGAUAGGAUUGCGAGGGCCGGAUACAAAGCGGGAUGCUGCGAAUUGUCGUCGUAUUAGCCGGUAUCAGAUGGGCGCUGCCUCCCCACUGCCCACUGCCCACUACAUUCUGCCCACUGCCCACUGCCUGCGCUGCCCACUUCCCGGUUAUCGGCGCUAAGCCUGCUUUACAGCGAGUAUUCGCUGAGAAAAUGCACGGACCCGAGACAUCUGGGAAAGCGCUUGCUCGAGUGUCUGAAAUAUUUAUUUCUACCAACUUUUCUAUUAUGAAAUAAUGAAGAGUAACUAAACUGAAAUACUAAUACUAGGUAUAACCUUUUUAUAUUGGUGCGUCGUAGCAAAAAUAUAUUUCCGUGAAUGAUUUUAAAAUCAAUACAGUUUUAAGAUUUUCAA